AUGGACCCCGCGGAGCCUGAGCCCGUUAAGCUGGCAUUACGCCACCAGGCGCAACGCCUGGCACCACACAACCACAACCGCACUUCCAGCAAGUCAGGAGACUCCCACGGACCCACCACCCACGCAGCAGCUUUCCGCUCCGAGCGGGCACGAGUGGCUUUUGUCAUGUCACACUUGUCUGGAAGAGCCGGAGCCUGGGCCACGGCGGAAUGGAGCCGCCAAUCACCGCUCUGUUCCUCCUAUUCCGCCUUUGCUAAAGCCAUGGAGCAAGUUUUCCAGCGUACUCCUCCGGGUCGCGACGCAGCACGCUCCCUUCUGCGGCUGUGCCAGGGACGCCGCUGCGCUGCUGACUACGCCAUUGAAUUUCGCGCGCUGGCGGCACAGAGCGACUGGAACGCCUCGGCCCUGCUAGACGCCUUUUUCAUGGGUCUCUCCGACCCCAUCAAGGACCAAAUGGUUCCGCUGGAGGCUCCCACACACCUCGACGACCUCAUCGCCUUGGCCAUUCGUAUUGAGAAGCGCCUCAAGGACCGCAGAGUGGACAAGGAGCGCGCCAUUCCCAGCGGCAGCUAUGUCAAUCACAGGGCUCCACCCACUCCGCCUCGGCCGCCAAUUUACACGGAGUUUCCCCCGGCGCCGAAACUAGAUGAACCAAUGCAGCUGGAAGGGAGUCGACUCACUCCUGCAGAGAGGAACCGACGCAAGCAACUGCAUCUGUGCAUCUACUGCGGCCAGGCAGGUCAUCCUAUCUCCCGCUGUCCCGUUCGCCCCGACAGCCCACGCUCUCAAGCCUCACGCUCCAGUCCUCCACGCGCUUCCACAGACACGCCCUCCGGGAUGACGUCAUCGUUUGAACCAGCGGGAAGACUACAACUUCCAGAUUGCGCCAUCGAUCUCCUCCCCGGUGCUCCGUUCCCGUCUUCACGGUUAUACAAUGUCUCCAAACCUGAGAGAGAGGCGCUAGAGCUAUAUAUAUCCACUUCCCUCGCUGCCGGCCUCAUUCGCCCCUCCACAUCUCAAUUAGCAGCCGGAUUUUUUUUUGUUGAGAAAAAAGAUAAAUCCCUCCGCCCUUGUAUCGAUUACCGCGCUCUCAACGAUAUCACGGUUAAAAAUAAAUAUCCCUUACCACUUAUGGACUCCGCCUUCAACUCCCUUCACUCCGCUAAAAUUUUCACCAAGCUCGACCUCCGCUCUGCCUAUCAUCUGGUUCGUGUCCGAGAGGGUGAUGAAUGGAAGACCGCAUUCAAUACCCCUCUCGGACACUUUGAGUAUCUCGUCAUGCCUUUCGGGCUCACCAAUGCCCCGGCAGUGUUCCAGAGUCUCAUAAAUGAUGUCCUGCAGGACAUGCUCGGCCGUUUUAUAUUCGUCUACUUGGAUGACAUUCUGAUUUUUUCCUCUUCACUCAAGGAACAUAUCCAACACGUCCGGUUAGUCCUGCAACGACUACUUGAAAACACGCUGUUUGUCAAGGCCGAGAAGUGCUCGUUUCACUCCUCUUCUGUUUCUUUUUUGGGGUUCAUCGUGGAGCAGGGUCAGCUAAGUCCCGACCCAGCCAAGAUCCAGGCUGUGGUUGACUGGCCCGCUCCCACAUCAAGGAAGCUUCUACAAAGGUUCCUGGGUUUCGCCAACUUCUAUCGUCGGUUUAUUAGGAACUUCAGUCUAGUUGCGGAGCCCUUGACGAAGCUUACAUCUGUUAAGGUUCCCUUUGUGUGGACCCCAGAGGCCGACUCAGCUUUUAAUAGACUCAAGUCUUUAUUUACCACUGCUCCAGUUCUCACCCAUCUUCUCAAUUUGUUGUCGAGGUCGACGCUUCCAAUACAGGCGUAGGGGCCGU